UCACACUUAUGCAUUCUUCCUUCUUUUGUCAUUUCUUUACUUUUCCUGAGCAAAUAAAGUACGUGAUCUUCGACAAUUGUUUCAUUAUGUUAGUUAUCUUUACUCUUUUUUUGUUUAUGUCUAAUAACUUUUCGUCUCUUUGCUCUAGUCCCUCUCUCAGAAUUUUUGAUUUUUUAUAACAUACUGAGAGGUUUAGAAGCAAAAUAACAUUCGAGCUGUAUGGAAGGAAUUCUCAAUUUAUUUUAUGGAAGCAAAUUUUUUUUUAAGAAAUAGUUUAUUGCGUUGCUGGUGGUUUGUUGCAUUGUUUAUGUCAAUAAACAAAGUUUUAGUCAGGUAUCUAAACUUACUAGUCAGGUACAGUUUUUUGCCGGUGAUUGACGCAAUUUUUAAUGCUGAAGUUGCUUUCAAAAAUAUUUAAUUAUUUUGUAUGUUAGAAAUCACUGAAGCUUUCAACGAAAACGACAAACUUCCAACACUGGAAGAAGCACCAGAUUACACUAAUUUGAAGCCGUCUUUAGUUAUGCCAAUAUUGAUUCCAGCUCCAGAAAUAUUCGGAAACUUAAGGAAACAAACUUUAAAAAGGGAACAAGCCCAAGAAAACCAUUUGCCAUUCAGGAAAAGAAGGCAGUCACUUUAUUUUGACUUCAAUAGUAUUUCAGCCAAUAGUGAGAAGUUCUCUGAAUCUUCUUCUGAAGUCAUUAAGCCAACCAAGAAAUUUACACCACGAGUUAAAGUAACUCAAGAAGAUUUUAAAAGAGUAUUAAACAUCGGAUUUUGCUGCCAUACUAAGGAUAAUUUGUCAUUUAAAUGCUAUUCAGAGUGGUGCAAUUUUAAAACGAAAUCUAAGGAUAUAUUCGUUAAACACAUUCGUGAUCACCACAAAACUGAUAUUGAAUUUUAUAAAUAUAGCUUUUGCCAUCUUUGCCAAACCUCGAUUAAAACAAAGAAUCUUGAAGAAGAAUUUUAGCAUAUGGAUAACUUUCAUCUCAAAAAGGCUGUAAUAAUUUUGAACAAGGAAAAGAAUUUAAAGUUUAUUAAAAAUUGCGACAUAAUUAAAAAUAUUAAGUUUGAACAGGAAGAGGAAAUUGUAGGGACAAUUGAAAGUUUUGAAGAAUCUCGAAAACAAGAGAAGUGCAUCAAUAUGGAACCAAAGAAUCUAUAUGAGUCGGAAAUUGCAAAUGGAACUAAAGACAAAACUUUAAAUGGAUGCAAAUCAAGCAGUCCUAAACAGUUUCAGAUCAUUGGUUCCCCAAAAUGUCAAAUGGAUAGAAAACGUAAAAUAUCUUUAAGAAUUGACACUGUCGAGUCUUUGAGUUCUCAAAAUGGGCAAUCAAAUCAAAGUGGAUCAUCUGAGGAUUCAUCACCAAAACAAGCCCAUCGGGAUCUAAAACGAACGAAGGAUAAACUAAGUUUAAAGCCAAAGAUUCACAAGAAAGGAAAUAGUUCCAAUCCUUUAAAAAAUUUAGAGAUUAUACCUAUAAAAAGAUCUGAUACUAAUGUUCAAAAUUCAUCUCAUUCCAAUUGUAAAGAACAUGCUCAAAUUCGUUUUCCAAGUUCAACUGUUGCUAGAGUUGAAUGUAUAUCAACUUCAUCAAGCAAGAUGCAACCUAUGUCACCCAUACCAUCGACACUCUCUCAAAAGCAAGUGCCAAAAAAUUUGAAAAUUUUCCGAGGACUAGAUUUAAUGUGUUGGGAAAUUGAUCCCAAAAAAAUAAGGUCGAAUGAAAAAUAUGAAAUAGCAUAUAGAAAUAUGACCAAAAAGUAUCCAUUAAUUGCUCUUUUUAAAUGUAUGGGUAAAAAAUGCUCAUAUGCUACAGACGAUCCAUUAAAAAUGUUGAAUCAUUAUUCGAUCCAUGAUUAUGACAUAAAGAAACAAAGUGAUGAAAUUAUUAAUAAAUACAAGACUGAGAGGAAAACUGUUUUUGAUAGUCACGAAAAGAAUAAGCUUAAACUUAAAGAGUCUGAAGAGCUUAUAGCUAUUUACGACCACUUCCUUUGCUGUUCUUAUUGUCACAUAAGAGAGAAAGAUUCAAAAACUCUUGUGCAUCAUAUCAAUGAUAUUCAUCGCAAAGACAUUUAUCAAUGUGGAUUUUGUUUCUUCAGAAGCUGUUCAAAGGAGACAAGCUUGGAGCAUUGGGAGAAGUCACAUAAAAAUAAAGUAAUUUUAAUCUACGAAUGUCUUGGAAUAGAAAAGCUCCAAUUAGCUAGAAAAAAAGUCAUGGAGCGGCUAUUGGAGAAGCGGAAGAUAAAUGUAGUUCCUCUAAUGUGUAAAGUUUGUCAAGUUGGAUUUUAUCCUUUGAAAGAAUUUCUUGAGCAUUGUGAAAAAAAUCAUCGUACUGAGCAUGAGAGGAUACAAGUUGAAAAGUGUCUUCAUAUUUUAGAUCAAGCUUUCAAAGCAAAUGGUUAUGGAAUGUAUCAGUGUUUAUAUUGCGUCCAUGGGUGUCAUAAAGAAGCAAAAAUGGUAAGUCAUCUAAUCCAACAUCCGAGUGAAUUUGGAUUUUAUUGUAUGAGGCAACCAGAAAUGUCAAGUGAUGAUCCCAACUUUUAUCACUCAAUCGAAUCAACGAGAAUUGUGGAGGUCCAUAAAGAGGUGAGCAUUAUGGAAUUUAAUGAGAAACCAGAGUCAUUAAAUUGUAAAAAUUAUAAAGAAAUAAUAGACAGUGAUCUUCUAAAGAUGCUACAAUAG